UGAAUUUCCUUCUUUUUCUUUUCUGGUCUAAAAUCAAAAUCACGACAAUUAGCAAAUGUCGUCAACUCUCAACUCUCUAGAGGCCAAAUCCAAACUCUCUACGGCUCUCUCUGAUUAGUGAUUACUAGAUCCUUGUGCAACUGCCACAGAGAAAUCCAGCAACAUCCCAAUUCCAUCGCCAUGACUUUUCCCUCUCUCUUUCUUGCUUUCUUCCUCCUCACUUCUUCCUUCUCCCCGCUCGCCGCCGGCUCGUCCGCCGCAUACCCGAUCAUCCCCGGCACGGUGGACACCUCCGUCUCCGCCGCUCCAUCCGACGACCUAAUCCCUGUCCGGCGGGAGGUCUACGACGAUGGGAAGCUAUUCGACAUCACCCACAGGUACACUUCCGAUAUGCCGGUGUGGGAGAGUGACGAUGGGCUGGGUCAGUUUUUGUGGCUGCCCAAGAGUAUGAAGAAUGGGUCGCUUGCCAAUAACUCCGAGAUGAAGCUCCCUACCCAUACCGGAACUCACGUGGACGCCCCUGGCCAUGUUUUUGACCAUUACUUCGAUGCUGGUUUUGAUGUCGACACUCUCGACCUGGAAGUUCUUAAUGGUUGUCCUGCAUUGCUUGUUGAUGUGCCGAGAGAUACCAAUCUGACUGCUGAAGCUAUGAAGUCGCUUAACAUACCCCAGGGUGUACGCCGUGUGCUGUUCAGGACGCUAAACACCGACAGGAAGCUUAUGUUCAAAAAGCAGUUUGACACGAGCUAUGUUGGAUUUACCAAGGAUGGAGCUCAGUGGUUGGUGGACAACACGGACAUCAAGCUUGUUGGAGUUGAUUAUCUGUCAGUUGCUGCCUGGACUGAUUUGAUUCCUUCACAUCUAGUUUUUCUGGACAGCAGGGAAAUCAUUCUUGUGGAAGCGCUAAAGCUCGAUGGCAUAAAACCAGGGAUAUAUUCAGUACAUUGCCUACCUCUCAGAUUGAUCCGUGCUGAAGGAUCACCAAUUAGAUGCAUUCUCAUGAAAUGAUCUGGUGGUAUCAGACUGAUAAAAGGCUCCACAAUUAAACGUAGCAGGCUGGGGAUUGGUGUGGAACAUAGAACCAACCCCUUUGGAUUGUAGAGCUCAGAUAAUCUGUAUUGUAGAGUAAUAAAUUAUGACUACACACGUUGGUUAAUAGGAAUAAGAAAGGUCGAUGGCAUCCGACCCGUUAUGUUAAUUCUGCAGAUUGAUGAUGGUGUUAGUUUACUUUCCUCAUCUUCCAAAUCUCUAAAUUGUAAACCAUCCAAAGAUUUUAGUCCUUCGGAUUGUUAAAAAAAGAUUUUAAUUUUUC